GUAGUUUAAAUUAUGUGUCACUUUUAAUUUCAUUAAAAAAUCUCUAGCCAAAAUAUGGAUUAUUAUGACGAUGGCAAGAGUGAGCAUAGUUUAUCGUUGCGUUGAUACCAGCUCAAGACGAUCAUGCAAUUUCAAAUGUGCAUACAUAUGAUGUUGAAUUAAAAACACUCGAAUACAAGCAGGAAGCAUUAAAGCCAAAAAAAUUUCCAAGUCUUAACACAAAGGAAUUGUUAUUUUUAGAUUUAUACAAACAAUUAAAUUUAGGUACAGAACAGAAACGUGAUUUCCAUGCAUUAUUAAUACGUAUGGGAUCUAUAAAAGAUUUAAUAAAUUUAUCAAAAGAUAUAUACAAUGAUAUUAGCGACAUUAUAUGUUGUCCGGAUAAACGAUGUUUAUGUGAUCCAACAAAUCAAUUCAGGCGCUCAUCAAAGUUUAGUCGUCAAAAUCAACAAAGACGAGUUUCUAAGCGUACAUUUGGUAAAAGCUCAGAAGAUUAUGAAGUUAAAAGAUUAAAUGAAUUAAAAGCUUCAAAUAAUGAGUUAGUGAGAAUAAACAAACAAUUAAUCAAAAUGCGAGGAAUUAUUCAACAUCAAGACGAAGAUAGCAGUAAUUUUUCUAACUUAUUGCUCUUACAAAGAGAUGUGGCUUAUCAAAAAAAUAUUUUAUUUUUAAUAGAAGAAAAAUUACGUGGAUAUAUGUAA